AUGCCCCGCUGUCCUGAGCACCACACGCCCCUGUCCCGUGCCCACCUACAGAUGGACGACGCGGGACAGUAUCAGUGCCUGGCAGAGAACAACAUGGGCACGGCGAAGAAGGUGGUGACCCUUGUCCUUCAGAGUGCCCCGGUGUUCCAGGUGGAGCCCCAGGACAUGACAGUGAGAUCUGGGGACGAUGUGGCCCUGCAGUGCCAGGCCACCGGAGAGCCAGCGCCCACCCUGGAGUGGCUGAGGGCGGGCCGACCUUUGCAGGCCAGUGGGAGGCUCCAGACCCAGCUGGACGGGAGCCUGUGGCUGCAGCGCGUGGAGGCUGAGGACACAGGCACCUAUGAGUGCGUCGCUCACAACCUCCUGGGCUCCUCCACAGCACGGGCGUUCCUGACCGUGAGAGGAGAGCCCCGGGGAAGCCAGGGCAGUCUGAUGGGGGUGAUCAAUGGCCAGGAAUUUGGCGUGGCCACUCUCAACACCAGCGUGCAACAGGAGGUGCGUUCUGGGGUCACCAGCAUCCGGAGCAGCAUCAGCCAUGUCCCAGCAAACGUGGGGCCUCUGAUGCGGGUGCUUGUGGUCACCAUUGCCCCCAUCUACUGGGCCCUGGCUGGAGAGAAUGGGGAGGCCCUGAACGGCCAUUCCCUGACGGGUGGCAGAUUCCGGCAAGAGUCGCACGUGGAGUUUGCUACAGGGGAGCUGCUCAGAAUGACCCAGGUGGCUCGGGGCCUGGAUCCUGAUGGACUCCUGCUCCUCGACAUGGUGAUCAAUGGCAUUGUCCCUGAGAGCCUGGCUGACGCAGAUCUUCAAGUGCAGGACUUCCAGGAGCAGUAUGUGCAGACAGGCCCUGGCCAGCUGUUCGUGGGCUCCACGCAGCGCUUCCUGCAAGGCAACCAGCCCACAUUCCUGCGCUGCAACCACAGCAUCCAGUACGACGCGGCCCGGGGCCCCCAGCCCCAGCUGGUACAGCACCUGCGGGCCUCGGGCAUCAGCACAGCCUUCAACCCCAAGGCCGAGGCCCUGCGCUUCCAGCUCACCACAGCCCUGCAAGCUGAAGAGAAUGAAGUCGGCUGCCCCGAGGGUUUCGAGCUGGACACCCAGGGAGCAUUCUGUGUGGACAGGGACGAGUGCUCGGGUGGCCCCAGCCCCUGCUCCCACUCUUGCCACAACAUGCCCGGCCGCUUUGCCUGCUCCUGCCCGGCUGGCUUUACCCUGGCCUGGGACGACAGGAACUGCAGAGCAGGGCCCAGCACUGCCAAGCCUCCACUGGGCUCUGAGCUGUGUGCCCAAGGGGGCAUUGUCUGCAGCCUUGUAUCGGAAGCGUCAGGCCGAGGCCCUCGGGUCCCUUGGGAUGUGGAUGAGUGUGCGUGGGACGCCCACCCUUGCCGAGAGGGACAGCGCUGCGUGAACCUGCUCGGGUCCUACCACUGCCUGCCUGACUGUGGGCCCGGCUUCCGGGCGGCUGCUGAUGGGGCCGGCUGUGAAGAUGUGGACGAAUGCCAGGAGCACUUGGACGAGUGUCACUACAACCAGCUCUGUGAGAACAUCCCAGGCGGGCACCGCUGUGGCUGCCCCAGGGGGUACCAGACACAGGGCCCCGGCCUGCCCUGCCUAGAUAUCAACGAGUGCCUGCAGCUGCCCGCGGCCUGCGCCCACCAGUGCCGCAACCUCCAGGGCGGCUACCGCUGCCUGUGCCCGCCAGGCCAGACCCUUCUCCACGACGGCAAGACCUGCAUCCCUCUGCAACGGAGUGGACAAAAUGAGACUACUGUCAGCCACCGAGGCCCCUUUGCGUCCUGGCUGCGACCCCGGGCCCCCAUCCCUGGAGGCUCCUACCAAGCCUGGGUCUCCCUCCGGCCACGUCCUGGCACCCUGAGCAGCAUGGGCCGGGCCUGGUGCCCCCCUGGCUUCAUCAGGCAGAACGGCAUCUGCACGGACCUCGACGAGUGCCAGGUAAGGAACCUGUGCCAGCACGCCUGCCGCAACACUGAGGGCAGCUACCAGUGCCUAUGUCCCUCCGGCUACCGCCUCCUCCCCAGCGGGAAGAACUGCCAGGACAUCAACGAGUGCGAGGAGGAUGGCAUUGAGUGUGGGCCCAGCCAGAUGUGCUUCAACACCCGCGGCAGCUACCAGUGUGUGGACACGCCCUGUCCCGCCACCUACCGGCAGGGCUCCAGCCCCGGCGUCUACACCCGCCGCGCGCUCACCCGCGCCGGCCUCUACCGGCCCACCGUGCGCGCCGCGGCGCCGCGCCACCAGAGCGUCUUCGUCCUGCUCAUCGCCGUGUCGCCCUUCCCCUACUGAGCGGGGAGGGUCAUUGGCUGCAGCUCCGGGGCUGCGAGCGGGACAGGGUGGCGCUCGCCCACGCCACCUGCUGCAAGCUGAACGUCAUCUCCUCCUGCCCCCGUGCGUCAGCGAGACCUUCGGUAAACACGACCCUGCACGCGGCCUUGACCCCAGGGACACGGAGGGCCUGAGCACACAGGCAGGCGUCAAAGGCUGCCCUUGGGUGACAAGGCCCACAGGCAGGGUCGGGGGUGAAGGCUCCAUGCCUGCCCCAAGCCUCAGGGGGAGCUGGGCAGGGACACAGGGCACCAGGACGGUGGAGAGAGGAAAGGGCAGACCCUGUGGGGGCUGCAGCAGCUGUCCCCUGUCCACACCUGGCACUGUCAUCCUGAACCCAGUGUGUGUAUGUGUAUAGAAUAUAAACGAUUCUUUUUAACCGA